GUUCACUGGACUGUUCCCGCUGCGAAACUUCGCACGCGAUGGUGUUUUCAGCAUCGCGGCGCCUACGAUUUUAACACAUAACCGAAUCUAUUUUUUUAGAGAGUGGAAAGUAUGUGAUAAGUUAUUUUUAUACUCAAGUACGGUGCAGCUAUUGAACAAAUACUCAAAUUGUCUUCCGUGAAUUUCCCCGGUGAAUCUGUUAACGCAUUCUACACGUGUCUCGAUUUCAAGACUACUCAGCACGCAACACUAAAAAGAAAUGGGUCGAGGUAGUAAACAGUCGUCUCGCUCGAAGUCUAAGCGCACUCAGAAGAUGCGCGAACAGAACAAGAAGGGUGCCGAGAAGGAAGGUACGGACAUGGAUGCAUUCUCGGAAGCUCCUCCCUCUGACCCUGCAGCCAGCCCCGCGCCAGCAGUGGUUGUGGAGAACGCCGCCACGCCUGUGGAAGAGCCGGCAAUCCAGCCACCGCCUCCUGCAAAUGUUCCCGCCAGAGAGAGCACACCUCCAGCAGUCCAGACUGCAGAGAAGCAGCCACCCCCGUCUACCUCACCUGCCCCUUCGUCGACACCGGCGAGGCCCGUGUCACCGCGACCUGCUACGCCGGUUCCCGAAAUACAACACCCUGUAAAGGAGAACGAGAAGGAAAAAGACCAAGAAAAGGAGAAAGAGAAAGGAGAAGAGAAGGCGGAGGGUGAAAAGGAGAAGGAGCAGAAACUAGUCGCUGCACGGAACGAAGCGAAUGCGAAGGUGUCUGCAGCAGCACUCAAGGAGAGGAAGGAAGAUGAGAUCAUAGAGAAUAUUCCACCCAAGCCUGUUCUGCCUGUGCCUAAGCAGAUGUACAGAGAAGAUCAAUGGAGUCCAUUCAACCCUGACGGUAAAAAGAAAUAUGAGAGAGACUUCCUCAUUAAGCUCAAAGAUACAACAGAAGCAAAGAAGAAGCCGGAGAUACGUCUUGAUGUUCUGAACUUUGUACUGAAAGACAAAGUGAACAGGCCAAGAUUGCCGGAUCUAAGCAGGAGCCCUCAUGACAACUUCACACCGGCGUUCACAAAAUCUCAGAGCUACCGAGGGCAACCGGUAACAAAGCCUGGAAGCCAGCAAGGCAAGGCGAAGAGUGGGGCGAAGCCGCCUAUUAUCCAAUACUCGCUUAAAACGGAGGUGAAACUGCGGGAGGCGGAGAACGCGUGGAAGCCGGCGCGGAUGCGUGGCAGCCAAGCAGAGCAGGACAAGACUGCGGAUCUAUACAAAAAAGUUCGUGGUGUACUGAACAAACUGACGCCUCAGAAGAUCCACACAUUGGUGCCACAAGUACAGGCCCUACCAAUUGACAACAGUGAACGGCUGCACGGUGUCAUCGAUCUGGUGUUCGAGAAGGCUGUCGACGAGCCGAGCUACUCUGUGGCGUACGCGCAAAUGUGCAAGGUGCUGUCAAACAUGCAAGUCGCAGAUGGCAGCAAGGAGGGGCAGCCCGAGAACUUCCGCAAGCUGCUGCUCAGUCGCUGCCAGCACGAGUUCGAGAAGAACACUCAGGCUGACCUGAAACGUGACGAGCGCCUCAAAGAGAUCGAACAGUGUACAGACCCAGAAAAGAAAAAAGAACUGCAAUUAGAGUUUGAAGAGACGGAAAGGCGGUUACGUAUAAAAUCCGUAGACAUUAGGUUUGUAGGAGAAUUGUUUAAGCUCGGUAUGCUGACGUCGAAUAUUAUGCAUCGCUGUAUACAACACCUUCUGAAGCAGAGGGAUGAGGAGUCGCUAGAGUGCCUGUGUAAACUGCUAACUACUAUAGGAAAGGAUGUGGAGAGCAAAAAGCAUGAUCUGUCAAAUUACUUUGAAGAGAUGAAGGUGCUAUCAAAGCAGCGCGGCCAGAUCUCUUCGCGUGUGAGGUUCAUGUUCCAGGACGUUAUAGAGUUGCGUGACAACAAAUGGGUUCCUCGGCGGGACGACUCAGCACCGAAAACGAUCGACCAGAUUCAGCGCGAAGCUGAGCGGGAGUCGAUGAUGGAAAUGCAAAUGCCAUCUGGAGGUGGUGGUGGUAGUCGCGGGGGCGGUGGCGGUCGUGACGACAGAGGUGGUGACAGGAGAAAACGUGGUGGUGGCGGCCCUAGCGAGGAUGGGUGGCAGUCAGUCCAAAGGAAGAACCUUGACACCAGCAAGUUGCGGAUCAAAGUGUCUGACCUGAUGAAUGUAUCGCUGGGUGGAAGCAACCAGUUUGCUGCCUGGACACAAGGGGCAGGUGGCAACUCCGACUCGGACCGCAGCUCGGCGUUCCCCCAGACGAGCAACACGUUUGCCGCGCUGCAGGAUGUUGACGACAAGAAGAGCGGUGUCAUGUUCCGUCGGCCGUAUGGAAAACAGCCUCCUCCGAGCAACACGGAACGUGAGAAGGCCGUGAACUCUUUGUGUAAUUUUGUCUCUGCCGAGAAAGAGGAACGCCAGGCCCGAACGGCGAGCAACAGGACACCUUCUCAGUCGUCGUCACGCGAAGGUAGCUCGGCGAGGCAGACUCCCGCUCCGUCAUAUUCACAGAGCCGCGACGAUCUGGCUGCUGUGGUGCAACCUGUGGCUUCCGGUUCUUCCGCCAUCUCGGACCAAGAUACCCGCAAAAACUUGCCGCAUCUGAAUCCAGACCAAGUUGCCAAGAAGAUUCAGUUUAUCUUGGAGGAAUUUGUGACCAACAACAACUUCCAAGAGAGUGCGCUGUGUGUAUCGGAGACAUUCCCACCUUCCAACAUGGGUAACUUCGUCGUAGAAACGAUGAACAUCUUACUGGAGCGGUCGGCGACCGUCCGGAGCGGUGUUGGAAGGCUGAUGGGCCACCUCAUGAAGGAGGGCAUCCUCACUACGGAACAGUUCCUAGAAGGGUUCAAAGAGAUUGCGGAAGUUGCUGAUGACUUGGCAAUAGAUGUGCCAAAAGUGUGGCUGUACUUGGCUGAAAUCCUUGUUCCAAUGCUUUCUACUGAAGCACUAACCUUUUCGGAUUUGAAAACUGCUGCCACGGGACUGCACAAGUUGGUCGUCGAAAUCCUUCGUCUUCUCGUGAAAGAAAAGGGUCCUGGCUGGGUAAGGCAGAGGUGGGACGUGGCUGGAAUGAGUUGGAAAGAUUUUGCCCCUGCCGACAGUAUAGACCGAAUUGUGAAAGAAAAUAAGCUGAGUUCACAGUGGGCCCCGCAGGCGAAGUCGCCGUUGACGCCGGAGAUGAUCCACACGAAGCUGCUGCAGAUGUUGCGGCCAGAGCAAGGAGCGCCUGCCACCACUGACGAAGUCACGAAGUGGAUAUCUGCUAAUGUAGGAGACCGGGCUAAGACACCAGAAUUCAUCCGUGUGCUGACGACAGCUGUGUGCGAGAGUGCUUAUCAGGCCGUGGGCUCCAAAAAGUUCGAAGAGGCACUGUUCUCGAAGCACGCGACACUGCUCCAGAAGUACAUAGACACUAAUGAGGAGCUGGAGCUGCACUGCUUGUACACUGUCCAAGAGCUGAACCACCGCCUCGAGCUGCCCAGUGGUCUGCUGCGAGACUUAUUCCAGGCACUCUGGGACUAUGGCUGUGUGGCAAACGAGACGUUCCUGAGAUGGGAGCAGAGCAAAGAUCCAGCAAUCCUGGCAGGGUCGCCAUAUUAUGCGAGGUGCCGGGGCUAG